AGAGGGAGAAUGAAUAAACACUAUGUUUAUCACACUUACUCAGAGAGUUUGUGAUACUGCAUUAGAAUUAGUCUACUUGACACAAUUUAAGAUGCACUGAUGUUGAGUUCAAACUAAAAUACUUACCAUAAGUCUAUAAAUCAUAUUGUUAGAUACAUAGAUCUGACUCGGACAGCAAGCUGAAAGGAUGGAGAUAUUUGGGCUCUACUGGUUGUCAUGGCAACUAAUCAUCCUUCUGCUCAUUCUAGGAGCAAUUUUUCUGUAUCGGCAUUUUACAAUACUCAAGCGUUUAGGUAUCCCUGGUCCAGCACCACUGCCUUUCUUUGGAAAUCAACUGGAACAAUUCUUCAAAGGUAUACACAAGACAGAUGAAGAAUGGUUACAGAAAUAUGGAAAAGUUUUUGGUUACUACAGUGGCUAUCAACCAGUAAUUGCAAUAACAGACCCCGAAAUAUUGAAGGCUGUACUUAUCAAAGACUUCCAGAACUUCACAGACAGACCUCAAAGUGGUAACCUGCCAAAGUUACUUUUGAAUACACUUUUCUUUAUGAGGGGACGAACCUGGAAGAGAACCAGAAAUAUCAUAACACCUACCUUCAGUGCAGGAAAACUUAAAAAUCUGAUCCCCAUCAUAAACAAAUGUGCAGAAACACUGGUCAGUAAUAUAAAUGAUAAAGCUGGACAAGAUGUAGCCAUCAGAAAAUUCUUCAUUCACUUUACAAUGGAUGCUAUUGCCUCUACAGCCUUUGGUAUUGACAUUGACUCACAGAAACAACCUGACAGUCCAUUUGUAAAGAAUCUUGAUAAAGUCUUCAAGUUAAGAAAGUGGACAAGGAUACCUAUAGCUAUUUCUGCUGCUGUACCAUGUAUAGGGAAACUGCUGUAUAAGUUGGGAAUCACCACAUGGCCAAGAGAGAGUAUUCAGUUCUAUGAAGAAACUGGUAAAGCAUUAAUAAAUGAAAGGAGAAACAAUAAAAUGAGUAGGGUAGACUUUCUACAAAUGCUGAUGAAUGCAGAGUUUGAUGAAUCAAAAGAGGAAUACAUUCAUAAUAAAUCUACAUUUUCGAACGGAGUUUCCAAUGGUCAUCAAACACAUAAAGUAGAAAGACUGAGUGACGAUGAGGUAAAUGGUCAGGCAUUUGUUUUCUUCUUAGCGGGAUUUGAAACUACUGCCAGCCUGCUCCGAUACUCGGCAUAUGUGCUUGCUCUAAAUUCUGGAAUUGAUGCAAAACUUUAUGAUGAAAUACAAAAACAUGUAGGACAGGACGUUCCAGAUCAUGAGAAUAUCGGUAACUUGAAGUAUAUGGAUCAGUUCAUCAGUGAGGUGCUCAGAUUUUAUCCUCCAGUUCCAAGGUUGAGUAGAGUAGCUAAGGAGGACAUUACUGUUGGAGGAAUUACCAUACUCAAGGGUACCGGAGUACAUGUUCCAGUCUGGGCUAUACAUCACAGUGAGGAAAAUUACCCUUGCCCAGAAACUUUCAACCCGGAAAGGUUUUCUCAGGGCAAGAAGGGAGUAACAGAAGGGAUCACAUUUUUGCCAUUUGGCACAGGGCCAAGAAAUUGUAUUGGUAUGAGAUUAGCCCUUGUUGAAGCCAAGAUUGCUCUCGUUUAUUUAUUAAGGAAGAUAAGAUUUGUCAAAUGUGACAAAACACAGGUACCUUUAGAUCUGAACCAUUUUGGUAUACUGAGACCAGAAACACCAAUACAGGUCCGAAUAGAGACCCGUUGAGGAGAGUUUUUUGUUUAUUUAGAAGCAGGGAAUUUGUAAAUAUAGAUGUGUGUUAGAGAUCUUCCAACCAGAGAACAUAAACAGAUAAUGAAUUCAAAACAGAGACCUCUUGUAUCAUGAAAUAUUGGAAAAUGAUGUCGUCAUUGUGCCAGUCCAUGAAAUUAUAUAACAUAUAAGACGCUCAUUUAUUCAAUCUUAAAACUUCAAUGUUCAGGAAUGCAUAUCCAUCAAAUAGCUAUUGUGGCCUACAUAACAGCAUUUUGCGACAAUGAAGUUAAAUGGUUUUAUAGUGAUUAGUAGCCAGUGAUAUUAAAGAUGUAAGUAUGAUAUGAUAUAUUACACGAAAGAUGUCUUAUAGGUCCUUGCUUGAUUUUCAUAUUUUAACUUUUACAAGUGUUCAUGCCAUUUAAUCAAAUGCUAUUUAAUAUCACUUAAAGAUAAGGCAUUUCACUCAGAUAAGCCUACAAGAAUAUGUAAGAAAAUUAAAGUGUGGAACUGAUUGUCAACCAGGCUGUUUGAAAGGGAUAUUUGUGACUGAGCCAUUACAUUUCGCACAAAAGUGUUUGUACAAGUCAAUUUAAAGAAUAUCUUGUGGUUUCAGAUUCUUUUCUAGACGUUCAUCUAUUGCAAUAUUUGGAACAGUUAAUUGUUUCCAAAAUUUCAUCUUUUUAUUUUAUAUUUUUUCGUAUAUUCAUAUCAUUAUUUAUAUUAUUUAUACACAGAUUCAGCUCUAACUUUUCCUUAAUUAUUAGAUCUAGUAUUUAUGGUAAAAGGAUGUAAGAUAAAUAUCAUAAGAUGAUGUCUACGGGCAGUAUAUAUUGAGUUUGUUUAUAUUCAAAAGCUGUUGUAGAGCUGCAAUGUAUAUGCGUUAACAAAAUAUAAUAUUUGGUUAGAUCACUUUGAUGUUUUGUCUGAAAUAAAAGUAUGUAAUUUCAGAAUAAAAUGUUAUUUAUAAAAUCAGAAUGUGGUAAUGGUCCAUCGGGUGUUGAAUUAUAGGGCAGAAGGUCUGUUAUACACGCACACAUCAUUAUUAUAACAUGUAGGGGCAAACUACUUUUCUUACCUAAUGUUCAAUAACUAAAUAUUUUUUGACAGUUUUCAUGAACAUGUUAAUGAGAUAUAUGAUUUGAUUGGUAGUGAUAUAUGUUUUACUGUGUAAUUACAAAUAAUUUUGUAGAAAAUAUAACUGUUACGGUUAUGAAAAUGAAUAUAUAUGAAUACUGCUUAAUUACUAUUACGCACAAGAAAUAACUAAAUCACAUUUAUGAAUCAUAUUGGUCUCUUUUUAUAUAUUAUAUUUCUUCAUAUAACAUGUGCAAAUUAAAUCACAUAUUGUUACAUUGCGCUUAGACUUAAUAAGUACAUUUAUACAUCUUUCAUUUGUGAUGCAGCAUAAAACAGCGUAUGAAAAUAUGCAGCAGAACUGAAACAAAUGUUAUGUCCGUCUAAACAUUUACCUACUUGCUUCCUAAUUUUUCACAUACCCCUCUAUGAUUCAGAAACACACAAGAGGUAGAUUUCAGAUAAAAAAGUUGUUGUUUUUUGUGUGUAAUCCUUACGGUAUUUAUAUACAAAGUACAGAUACAAAAUUCAAAUUUUUGUUUAAAGUUGGAUGUUAACAAGAAGAAGAAGAAUAACAACUUUUAUUAACAAUAUCGACGAUAACGUGUCUUCGGCUAACGAACAGUAAAAAUAUUAUAAUAAUUAGAUAUUGUUUGCACAAGAUUUCAUUUCAACAUUAUCUAUGAACAUCUAUUGGCCGGCUCGAUUUUGUGCACCUUUUACCAUUUUCAGUUCCAAAAUUGUUUAAAAUAACAUCUGUUGCCAGUUAUCCUUACACUUUUCAUGUAUGGAACGCCACAGAUGCCUUAAAAUAACGUUAAUCAUAAUGUAUGUGUUGCGAACAUGUUAUAUGGUCAGCCCACUAUGAUACAUGAUGCCAUACAUACGGUAUAUGGUCAAUCUUCUACAAUAUAUGGUGCAGU